UCUUUGACUCACGACUAUGUUCCCUUUGUUGACAUAUCCCCCAAACGUUCCGCAUAGCUCACAAAGGACACGAGAUUAGGCCUAUUGAACAAAGGAGAGGUGGGCAAUUUCCACGCGCACCUUGAAACCAGCUACUCCCUCACAAACCACCGUUGUCUGCACGAGUACACAUCAUGGUCAACGACGAAAGAGUGGGACGCCGGCGUUCCCAGAGUGAUGACAUUGAUAGACAAGAUGCGGUCUCUGAUUCCGGCACCCGCGCGCCGAUAGCUGCAGCGAACCCGAGACAGCGCAUCAGUCCUAGGCCGCCAGUUCCUUCAGCUUCGGCCGAGCCGGCGCAAGAUACCGCCCGACGGCUGGAUGCUCGAUCUUUACCGGCAGUCCUAGAAGAUAGCAACGCAGGAGGGUCAUGGUCGCAGUCGAGGCGUCGCUCACAUUCGCCGCCUAUACGUCGAAAGCUCGCAUUAUCGCCUCAUAUCGCCUCGAUCCACGAGCGCCUUCAAACCAGGAUCGAUUCUGUCCGUGCCGACGCACCGCACCCAGACCGACUCCGACGUGAGCUGACAGAACGUUUCGUACGCGAUCGUAAUGGCGUUCGUAGGGUUGACCACGAGUUCAAGGUAGACACUUUGUCAGAGGAAAGGAAGCAUCCAUGGGAAAGAAACCAGGACGGUCACGGGCUACAACACCGACGAGACAAGAACGGGCAAAUUCGGGCAUAUAAACAGCGAGCGCGGGGUGCCUCAGGCGAUGAAGAGUUGGACAAUGAUGCAAGAAUACGUCUGAGUGCCGAAGACCUGGAAGCGCUGGAGAUUGGCGAGAAUGGAAUGGAGCUCAAUGGCACUCUUUUACAGACUGAGGCCGAUGACACAAGCCCCCGCCCAGCAACCGAGAGAGCCUCCCGAGAUGCGACCAACCCAAUUCCUACGAUAUCAAUCGAUGGAAGGUCCCUACAGGGGUCGGAAUCAUUGCCACCACAACCGCAGGCAGUACAUAUCUCCGGCGGUCGAUCUCCGUCUUACGACGCUAGAGAUAGCUCGCCUUCACAUCGCGGCCCUAGCCAUCUUCCCGCGCAUGUAUCCGCCUUUGAAUACGCCAUGUCUCCGUUUCUACGAGCGCACCCUAGGUAUCUCGCUUGCCUGCAGCCGCCAUCUCCGUCAUCCGAGUCGAGUUUCACUUUCGGCCCUGCGUCGCCACGACGCCGGCCACCCGACCCCGACGAAAUCUCGGUAAACACUGAUGAACUGCGCCCUUCCACCCCUCCCGCCGACGGCAUCCCGCCGAUUGUAGAACACAAGAAGAGUCUACGAGUCCGCAUCAAAGUCCUGCGCAUACGCGUCGCGCUGAUGCGCUGCGCGGUCCUCGCGCGCGCGGCGUGGGAGCUCGAGCACAACCCAUGGAAGUCCGAGACUGCCGUGUACCGGGAGUAUUCGAAGAUGGGCAAGAUCGCAGAUGGCGCGCUCGACCUCGCGCGAGAGCUCAAGAGCGACGGUCUGCAGGCGCGGUGUCUGUACUGGAAAGGGCGCGCGUGCGGGGGAAAGAGGUACUGGGACGAAGCGGUUCCAGCGUUUCGGCAGGCGGAGCUACUGGAUACUAGGGAGGACGACGCUGGAGAAGGAGAAGCACAGUGCAGGCUCACCCGCACGGAGCGGCAGGAUCUCAAGUUCCUACUUGAGAGCGCGAAAGCGCGGGCAGAGAACGAGAAGGAAGAAAGGGAGCUUAGGUAUAGGAGGGAUGAGGAGAGAGCUUGGCAAAGGGCGGACUUGCUCGGCAGGGGUUUCGAGGAGGUGGUGCAGUGGAGCAGGAGUCCGCCGUGGCAUCCGGAUAUGGAGAGGAUAAUGCAGGGGUGGAUGGCGGAGAGGGGAGGUCAUGGACAGGAAGAAGGUGCGGAUGUAGCUAAUUCCGGCGGCGAGGAUGAAGAAGCCGGUGGGAUUGUCUGGAAUGCUGAGGCUCAGGAACAGUGGGUAUUGCGGCCCCUCACGAGGGAGGAGCGGUGGUACAUCGAGAAUGGGGGCCGGAUAUCCAAGAGAAUGGGGAAGAGGGAUCCUCGCGCAAUGGAUGAUCGGGAUUCUACGGGGCUCGGGGUUGCGGAUGUCUGUGUUAAGCCCUGAGCGAACUUGACUGGGAGGAGGUUAGAUUGGAUUGUACGAUGUGUCAGUUUGAAGUCGAGGUGUCAGGAAACUCUACGAAGGUCUCUAAGCUGAAUUUGCAGAUGGAACUAGAUAAUAUGGUAGACAGAGGGUUCGAAUACAUUCCGUUUCUUACUUAG